UAGGCUACUUCUUCAGUUCACAUAGUUCUGAAGUGCACUCCAGAAGGUAUCUAAUUAUAUCGAAUGCAAUAAUCUUUCACUGAAUAAAAAUUCUUUAGUGUUAGGGUCCUGUCGCUCCAAGAUGUCAUCAUUCUUUUGGGGAACGUUUCUGUGCUUCAUAUUUCUUCAUAUUUUAGGAAGAAAUGAAGUGAUUUCUCAGACCACCAUACGAUCGAAUGCCGGAGAGAUAGCUUACCUUCGUUGCCCCUUCCAGACAACUCCACAGGAGCUGGCCAGGGUCACGUGGACUAAAGAUGGCCGCGAUAAAAUUGUGAACGUCACAGGCUGCACCGGUAAUGCGGUAAUCUCCUGCUCAAUCUCGCGGUCUAUUCCCGAGAAGUACGCGGUAGACACAGCUGGCCGCCUUUCGAGUGGUUUUACACUGACAAUAAGUGACGUAACUCUUGCAGAUGAUGGAAUUUAUGUCUGUAAAGUGGUUAGGAGAGGUGGACUCGAUGACAUCACUUCCAGACUCGCCGUGACAUAUGUACCUACGGAGAUCGCCGUCAUUGACGUCGAAAACGAUGUCGAGGUUUCGAACGAGAGCACGUUGUACGCAGUCGUCAACCGUCCUUACACGCUGAACUGCACCAUUCCAUCUCCAUGCAACCCUCCCGCCAAUAUCACCUGGUCCGCCCCUGAUCUCAAUCCUCAAAUUUCAAAUCAAGCCAAUCACUUCAGCGCUUCUGAUUCUCCAUUAGUGACGUCAUCAAGGACGAUGACGCUUACCGCAUCCUCGGUAGAGUCUAUGAAGGUGGUGCGGUGCACCGCAAUGCAUUAUGGUCUUUCGGCUCCCCUCAGCAUUAGCGCUACUUUUGAUGUUGGCAAUUUACCAGAAAGUCCCUCCAAUUCCGCCAACUGGAUUUCCUCUGUGACUGUGAACUCGUUCAUAGUCACGUGGGUGCAGGGUGCUUCCGGGGGAAAACCCCAAACCUUCACAGUGACCUACUGUGAGGUCUUCAGACCGGACGAGUGCUCGGAGAUUUCCGGAAUCAUACUGACUCGUGUCAGGAUCGACAACCUUCGGCCUUUUACGCUGUACGACAUCACCGUGAAGAGUCACACUGUGUUUGGAUUCAGCGAAGAUAACGAGUUCGUACAAAAGUCAACACGACCUCUGUCACCUUCGGAACUAGGAGUCGAAGGCGUUUACAGCAGCCAGCGCGGCGGGAGCGUGGAUGUCCAAGCGAACAGCAACAGUACUACUCUCCCAAACGGUCUCUGCUUUCAUCUCAUCGACCAGCAGGCACUCAAUCAGGCCGACGCAGCGGCCCAGGACUGUGUCGGCGUCGGUGAAUACCUGAUUGUUCCACGCGGACGGUCAUGGAAAAAUAUGGCGCUUGUAAGCUACGGAAACGGUGUGUCCAGCGAAUCUUCGAAGAUUACAGGAGCGGAAACAGUAAUCGGUCUCCCAAUCAUCAUUGGAGCCUCUGUUGGAGGCGCAGUGCUUCUUUUAAUGAUCAUAGUGGCCAUAUACUGCAUGAGGAAGGGUCGUUCUUCGAUGGAAGUGGGAGCGAACCGUCGGCUACCCCCUCAGCCGCAGCAAACUCGCCAGCCACCAAGGCGUGACCAAAUGGACAGCGUGCCAGGAUACGAACCACCGUCUUACUACGGGAUUAAGUACCAGGAGGUGGGAGACCAACCUGACAGGGUUAGCCCAGUGGGUGACCUCUACGCUACCCACCACUCCUACCAAGAUGCCCAACAUCCACCGGAAGGACCAUCAGAGAUACCACUGGAGGCUCGGGGCAAUGGCCUGUAUUACAGCCGUAACAUCGCCAUGGGUAACAAUAAAGAGGUCACCGAAAGAUACGGCUACAUGGAACCGUCUAGGACAGAUGCUACCAACUGAGGAUAAAGCCCUCCCCCCGAAGCCAACGUGUUCUUGAGAUCAUUGGGUUUAUCCACCUUUUUAUUGUCAACAUUUUUAAUUAAAGAAGCGAAAAUCUUUAUAGUGAUAUAUAUUGUAUAAAUUUUAACUUGAAUAUAGAUGAAAAGACACAUUUUGGUAUGAUUUGGAGACUCCUCAAAAUUUAGACCCAAUAUGACAGGUUUCAUUUAUAACGUUACACGCGUAAAUGCUGUCCUCACUCUAACAUUGGAAUCUCUGCCCCCCCCCCCGCCGCUUUUCCAACGUUGGCGGCCUCGUCAACAUUGAAAUCUUUACCGAAGGUUAUGUUUUUUUAAAUGUCGUCAUAACUUAGCAAGUUUAUCGACUUAGUUCAUGAAACUUGGACAUCAGGGCAAUCAAGUAUCAUUGAUCAUUUCGCACAAGUUUUAGUUCGCAUGGUCAAAGUCAACUGUCAUUUAGGGUUAAUGAAUAUAAUAUUUCUUUAUCAUAUGAAUGGUAUUUUUUUGUGAAUAGUCAUUUCCC